AUGGGAACUUUUGACCUGUGGACUGAUUACCUGGGCUUGGCAAGCCUGGUUGGGACUCUGCACGAGGAAGAAGAGCCUGAGGCUCCUCGGCCGGACCCCAAACCACAGCCCACCCCAAGCCCAAAGGGCCAGAAAGGCAGCCAGGAAGCCUCGCCGGCGCCCGAACGCCAGUGCUCAUUUUGCAGGCACAAUGGAGAGUCCCGUGCCAUCUACCAGUCCCAUGUGCUGAAGGAUGAGGCUGGCAGGGUGCUGUGCCCCAUCCUGAGGGACUACGUGUGUCCCCAGUGUGGGGCCACGCAGGAGCACGCCCACACCCGACGCUUCUGCCCGCUCACCGGCCAGGGUUACACCUCUGUCUAUUGCUAUACCACCAGGAACUCCGCGGGCAAGAGACUGGCCCGGUCUGACAGGGCGAGGACCCAGGAUGCCAGCCGCCACAGGGGAGGAGGAGGAGCCGCCGCAGCAGCAGCCGCCGGAGCAGGUGUCUGUGCAGGUUCCAAAGGUGCCAGGAAGUGCCCGUCAGCACCAGCGCCCCCGUCCUUUAGCCCCUCCACUUCCGCCUAGGAGGCCGGCCGGACUUCAGCGGAAGGUGUACCUGAGACCCACCGCGCCCUCGGUGCUCCCCGCCUUGUCCCUCGGCAGGUGCCCAAUAAACGUGCGCAAAGGAC